UAUACACAACAUGGACCUUGACUCUGUAUGCAGACACUGACCUAUUGUGACACCAUAACACAACUUAACGGAAAGCUUUUAGUGUAGAGAGGAUUGUGACUUCAGUAAGGUAACCCACACACACUGAUGAGAACAGAAACAUUUUCAUCUGAAGACUUGCAGUCAUGGUAUGUUUGCCUCUCUUAUUCAUAUUGUGUGUCUGUUUUUAAUUUAAUUUGAUGCUCAUUUAGAACACAUGCAUAGCCACCAUUACUUGUGAUGUUAGUGACUUCAAAAUGCAUAAUUAAUUGAAUUAAUAGGAAGCAUCUUUAAGAUGUUUUUUUUACUUAAAACAUCAGUUUUAGCUUGUGUCAUUUCGUGAAAAGUUUAGUGUUUUUUUUCCCCAUUAAUAGAGUAAAUUCUAACAAAAUCUUGAUUUUAGCUCAGCAGAAAUAAUUGCACUUAGUUAUUUUUAUUCAAAAGUUAAUCUUUGUUUACACAAAUUGAUAUUGGUGAAAGAACAGUUACAUACUGCCUGUCAUAACAACACAACUGGCCCUUAUGCAAGAAAUUGAUCUUUUGAAGUUAGCUUUCGUGUAGUUGACCGAGUUGUAUGUAAGUAACCGACCUUGGACCGUUACUGAAUUAACUACUCCUAGGGAGUUUAAUAUUCAACAAAUACUAUUAAAGCUGAUUCUUGUAGCCUUGGUUUUAAAAUGUUUAAAAAAACGUACAUUCAUGACCUUAUCUAAAUAAUGUAUCACGAAAUGUGUUGUGAAAAACCUCAAGGUUAGCCUUUAUCGAGGGAACUUACUGUUAGCAUACCAGGUUAAUAUUAUUCAUUAGAUUUAGAUAAAGGCCCAACCAAGCCUAGCAGUUUUUGUUUUAUCAUUAUCACCAAACAGGCUGUUAUAUUUAUAUUCUUUAUUAUAGAUUUAAAAUUGUUCAACGAUAUAAACAAAAAAGAAAGGACUCCAAGCCCCUUUAACCCAGAUAUCGGAAGUGUUAUGUGGGGUUUGUAGCUGUUGUUACCUUAUUAAUCCACUAGAGGGCGUUCAACCUUAAAAAUAGCUCCAAAGUGCUACUGCAAAGAGUUAUCAAUAAAAAAGUGAGCCUAAGAGAAGAAUGAAAGCCCUGAACAAGAACAUUCACCCUGUUCAUUUACAAGUAAAUAUGCCGUUCACCCAAACCCAAUAACAUAAAAUAAAUAAAGGGACUAGUUGGGGCCUGUAAGUGGGAGGCAGAGUCCUACUAUAUUAUGGUACCAAUCGAACCUAAAUCACAGUGUCUAAUCUCCAGUAAAAAAAAAAAAAGGAGUUGAAAGAUAAGAAACUGGAAAAUCAGCCCUUAUAGAUUUAUUAAAAUAAAGAAUAUUAUGCAUGAUUGUGAUGCAUUUUUAGCUUGUUUACUCCCCAUGCAGAAAUUUGGCAAUUUGGUAUUGUCAUUUCUAAUCUAGUGUAAUAUUUAAUGAGAAAUCAAACUGGAGUAUUAUAAUGGGAAAAUGAAUUUCACACAUGAGAUAAUUUGUUUGUUUAACUUCAUUGCACCUUAAACAGGAAAUUAAACCAUCUGUAAGGGGUAGAAGGAAAAAGGAGCCCUACUCAUAGUUUGAUAACUUAAAGUGAUGAGUUCACGUAUCAGAAUCAAAAAAAUUAAAAUGUUUUUGUUAAAUUUCAUAGUCUGGUUUAAUUUUUGCACGGAGUGUUGUCUGGCAAAUGUGGUGGAAAGAAAAUGUGUUCAUGUUUCUUCUUUAGGUGUCAACUGAGAGUCUAACAACAUAUCUGUCAGAGGUAAGCUUAUUUAACCAUCAACAUAAAUAUUUCCCACUGUUUUCUGCCUGAUAUUUAGACAAAACAAAAGAAAGUAAUGAAAGCUGAUUUUUCUCCCUCGUGUGUUUCAGGUGAUCCUCUCACACCUGGCCCUGUCCUGUGCUUUACUUCUGGCUGCUCUUGCUUUAGUCCGCCGGUUCAUCAGAGAGUCUUACAGGAUCGAUGGCCUCAGACAGAAACAUGUGUUCAUCACAGGCUGUGACAGUGGCUUUGGGAACCUCCUGGCCAGACAGCUGGAUGAAAAAGGGAUCCAAGUCAUCGCUGCAUGUCUCACUGAGAAAGGUGCAGCAGAUCUAACUGCGGCGGCCUCCUCCAGAAUGAAGACCCUCCUUCUGGAUGUUACAGACAGCGCGAGCAUCAGGAGGGCGGUGGAGUUUGUGAGCAAAGAGGUCGGAGAGCGAGGUGAGGGGCACACAUGCACACACAGAUAGGGGUGCCAGUCAGAGUGAGGCACUGGAGGAGAUAAAACACAACCUGGAGCAUCACAUCAUCAACUCAUCCUCCUCCUACUGCAAGUCCUUACCUCAUAGGCAGAGUUUUACCAAGCGGGAGGAAAGUUAAGCUUCUUGACACAUAAAUCUGAACUACAGAUUGAUAUAAAGUUGGUCCUGACCAGGGUAUAAACUUUUAAGUCACUUUAGUAUUUGUUUCUAUGAGCUUGCUUGGACUUAAAUAUACAGAAUGUACCAUUUUCUACAUUGUGCCUGAACAGAUAUUAUUUCUUACACUUUAUUGAAGUAUAGCAGGAGUUGUUUUGGUGUCUGCACAGGCAAAAUAAAGAUAUUUGAACAAUAUUUAGGGUAAGAUUUGCUCUCUGAAGUUUAAAUGAAAAGGACUGGGAUAUUUAAUGUUUUCCUCAAGGGGUUACUGCAAACUUGUGGUUCAACAUUACACACACACACACACACACACACACACACACAUAUCUGACUAUGUUAUGACGGGAUUCUGUCUACCACGAUAAGUGCCAUAAACGUCACCCAGACUAACUGUUGUGUGAACUAUCAUUUGUGUAACAUGUAACCAUGGUUACAUAAAGUGUGGGCAAGUGUGAGGGCUUAUCAGAACUUAAAGAUAAGUAAGUUCAAGCUUCUCCAAUGAGCUUUUCUUUGUCAGACAUAAGACAAUAAAUCUCAGGGUUUGGAUAGUUGAUGCAGAAAAGAGGAGAUUUUAUUAUUGGAAAUUCUCUAUAAAGCAAAAAUCUGAAAUCAUAAAUUGAGUCAGUAAUGUAAAAAGACUGAAUUGCGGUCCUAAUCUAAUUACAGUCAGCCAGAGUUUAUCAAACCCCCUGUAUCAAAAAAUACCUGAUUAUCCUGGGAUGUAAUACCAUUAUCAGCCUGUAUUUAUCAUGUCAUUUGUCUCGUCUCAUGUCCAGGUCUGUGGGGUCUGGUGAAUAACGCUGGCAGGUCCAUACCCAUCGGCCCUACAGAGUGGAUGCAGAUCGAGGAUUUCACAAAGGUGCUGGAUGUGAAUCUGAAUGGAGUCAUUGACGUGACUCUUCAGUUUCUGCCCCUCCUGAAAAAAGCUCAGGGAAGGGUGGUGAACGUGGCGAGCAUCUUUGGGAGACUGUCUCUCACUGGUGGAGGAUACUGUCUGUCCAAAUGGGGAGUGGAGGCCUUCUCCGACUCCCUCAGGUAGCCCCAGGGUUUAUCACACACAGUAAACAGACAUUAAUAAGAAAUAUAGAGAGGUGGAGAGAUCGAAGAAGGAUACAAGUUAAAACAAAUCAAGGUCAAAACCCUCCUCUGUCUGUGUUUUUGACACAUGUGGGAAAGCAUGCAUCCUCUUUAUAUCACAGAUUACAUUCAAGAAAUGUUCAAGUCAGUCAUGUAAAUGAAAGUAAAAUCAGCUGGACUCUGUUUUCAUGUGUUUGUUGUAAGAUAACUGAUCACUGUAUCACAAACAGUUUUUGUUAGGAUGAGAAGGUUUGAGAGAACUAUGAUAGUCAUUGUUAGGACUUUAACAUCUCAUAGACAUCUAAAAAUAUAUUGCCAGCAUGAUGGAAACUCAUUUUUCAGACAGAACAAUUACAAGAGAUGAAUUAGAAGAGUUGAUUUAAUGUUUUACUUCUUUACAGGUUGGAUAUGAAACAGUUUGGGGUCAAAGUGAGCAUGAUCGAGCCUGGUUUCUUCAAGACAGCUGUGACACAGAGGGAUCUUAUUGAAGCUGACCUGAAGAGGCUGUGGACCCGCCUCCCUCAAGAUGUCAAAGACUCCUACGGGGCGACAUUCUUGGAUGAAUGUAAGUGGAGGCGUUGCAUCCUGCCAGAUCAAAUGAAGAGUUUUACAUAACCCCCUGUCUCCCUUUUUGUCUCCUUCAGAUUUAAAAGCCCAGGACUUCUCUUUGGGCAUCCUGUGCAGUCCAGAUCUGUCAAAGGUGACCCGGUGCAUGCAGCAUGCGCUGACUGCUCAAUUCCCACGCAUACGCUACAGUGCAGGCUGGGAUGCCAAGUUGUUUUGGAUUCCUCUGUCUUACAUGCCUUCAUUUGUGUCUGACUUUGUGGUCAGUGUGCUGCUACCUUCACCUAAGGAUGAAAGAAAAAUCAAGUAGAGGCUGAACUAUAUUGAGGGACGAUACGGUAAAAAGAAGCGACAAGACUGUGUUACAAAAUAUGAAAUUUAUUCAUUCAUGUCUCAGCAGCAGCAAUUUAAAACCAUACGGGCAUCUUGUGGAUGAUCACAGAUACAGUUUUAAUUUGUCCUCAUUAUGAUACAAAAUAAAUCAUCCUGUUAUAAAUUUAAAAAACAUCUGUCCACAUCUGCAUCCUCAGGUCAUGUGGUGCUAAUCAACGGCAUAAAAGUUCAUUUCCAUGCUACAAACAUGGGCACGUUCAAGUAUUACUCCAAACUGUUUGGCCAGAGUCCAAUAUUAUUAUUAAAAAUGAUCAUGUUGAUUCGAAGUCAUGAAGUCUGGGGUACAUAAGGUAGGAAUGAUGAUUGUGUUGAACCUGCUUGUCUAUUCGUCCUGGAGCAGAUAUCCUUAAAAAAAUGAACACGAGAGGUUUAAACCCAAUUUGUUUGUGUUGUUUUCAGUGUCCAGCCCUGAAAUGAGGUAUAUAAACUUCAAAGAUGAAUAAAUCCAUCUUCAGUUUUGUUCAGUGGCAAUAAAAAUAUCUCCGCUAAAUAACUUUUGAUCAUAUAAGUACUGUACAUUCAGAAUGCAGCUUUGUUUAUGUCUGUUAUUGUGUUAUAAGCUCUAUCUCAGAGAUAUUUUCUGACAAAAUCUUCCUGUUCAAAUUUACAAAUAUACAGCUUAUUUAUUAACAUUUCUAUCAGCAGCUUCAGUGCAAAGAUAUACAUAUUGUACACCAAAAUAAAGAAAAACAUGAACACAAGAAUUGGCAUAAGAAAUAUCAGAAGGCAUAGUCACACAAGACUUCUUUUUUCUUCAUUCUAUAGAAAUGUGUCUCUCUCCUACAACAAUCUUAAUUUUGUACACAGGCUGCAUAAAAAAAUAAAUUCUGUGCAAAGCGUAUUUCUUUUUUAAAUUUCACAUCUGAGAGAGACGGGGGUUAUACAUCGCUAUCCUCUUUCACAAGGUUGGCUGUGUCUUUGAACGUGUCCUCCGUUGGUGAAUAGGUGCUGGGGCGAUUUUUCUUCAGAGGUUUGGCAGGGGGCACAAACGGAGAGGGCUCAGAGGCUGAGGGGUCUCCACCAUCGACAGGCUUCUCAUCCUUCAUCUGCAGAGCAAUAUUUACAGCUGGUUUAAUAUCCUCUUUAAUGUAGUUUUUUUUCACUGUCAGGAUUGAGCUCAAACUUACCUCUGAAUAUGAAGGGUUAUCAAAUGUGGUGCUUGGCUUUAAUUUCCUCUUGAAUAAGCUCCACCUGGACUCCUGUGAACAAACACAAACAAUGAUGUGGCAUCAUGUCACAUCACAUGUUGAUCCAUCUGCUUGUGUUUUAUAUGCACAUAUAAGAGACUCACCUGCACAUGCUUGGUGCUUGCAGAGGAUGUGUUAACGACACCUGCACUCUGAUCAACUCGAUACGCCGGGUUCACAAAGUUGUUCUCUAACUGGUCACCACUCACAUUAACAGUUACCUGCAGAGAGGCGAGUUAUUAUAUCAUGGUGCAUCAGCCUCAGAUUUAUGCCUCACUUACAGGGAUAUUCCAGCAUAAAAUUAAGUUAGGGUCAAACACACCAUAACAACAAGUUAGACGCCUCCUCGAGAGAUGAAUGUUGUCGACUGCUUGCUUCUCUAUUUAUACAACUUUAGUAACGACAGCACGGCAGCAAUACACUGCGGUCUAUGGACCCACGCACACACCUCAAGCAAAAAGCCACUCUAUAGCCACAAAUAAUGCUCAGAACAGCACCUAACUUCAUCAACAGUACAUAUAGGGUCCCAGCCACAGCACUAGCCACCAAACAUCUUUUUAGCUUUGCCUAAUUUCUUUAGCAAGGGGACUAAACACAACUUACCCACUCUCUUCCAGCAGCUGCUUGUUUGUAGCGAGACCUCAGGCUAGUCCUUCAUUGACUACAGCAGGGUGACGCAGCUCAAGGAAGAACAUUUAUGAUCAUUUCUUUAUCAUUUCCCUGAAGUAAUAAUUAUCAUAUUAAUCAUUUUGCACUACAGACAUGGUAGUUCUUCUGCCUUAGUGUCUCCGUCUGAUUGCAUUCCAAGAGGAAAUGAUCAUAAAUUUUCUUCCUUGAGCUGCGUCACCCUGCUGCAGUCAAUGGAUUCGCCCGAGGUCUCCACACAAACAAGCGGCUGCCGGAAGAGAGUAGGUGAGUUGUGUUUAGCGUCUUUGCUAAAGAAAUCAGGCAAAGCUAAAAAGAUGUUUGAUGACUAGAACUAUGGCUGGGACCCUAUAUGUACUGUUGAUGAAGUUAGGUAAUGUUCUGAGCAUUAUUUGUGGUUACAGAGUGGCAUUUUGGUUGAGCACGUGGCUCUGUGUAUUGCUAUCAUGCGGUUGUUACUAAAGUUGAUAUAACUAGAGAAGCAAGUGGUCGGCAACAUUCAUCUCUAAACAGGGUGUCUAACUCGGAGUUACAGUGUUUUUGACCCUAAAUUAAUUUUACGCCAGAAUAUCCCUUUAAAGGGGGUUUUGAUCAAAUGUAACAUGCAGUUUCAUAAACUCUCUAAUAACAUCUGACUUGAUGCCAGUUUUUUCUUUUAUCGUCAGAAAUCCAAACUAUUAAACUGUUAUUUGUUUAGCAGACGAUUUCUUGGCUUUAUUUUGAUUCGAGUUGUUCAAAUAGUAUUUUUAUGAGAAGCCAUGGUCACAAACCGCGUUACCUUUUGCAUUGUGAUGAUAUAUAAAUACAAUUGAAGUAUGAAAUACAAAAUAAGUCCAUU